AUGAUCAUUCAAUAUUUCCGUGAGGUGAGCCACAUCUUAGAUGUGAACAUCUUCGCCUAUGACUACACAGGCUACGGCAUGAGCACUGGAACGCCCAGUGAAGAGGCCUUGUAUGCGGACAUCGAGGCGGCCUUCAAGUACUUGAGAGACAUCGUUGGCAUCCCUUGGAGUGAAAUCGUCCUCUACGGCCGCUCCAUCGGUUCGGGACCUUCGAUCCACCUGGCCACGCGCACCGCCGUGCGCGCGAUGGUGCUGCAGAGACAGGUCAAGUGCCCAGUCUACAUUGUCCACGGCACCAGCGAUGAGAUCAUCAGCUACAGUCAUGCCGAGGACUUGAUUCGGAACUGCCAGGAAGGCAUCGCGUAUCCUCCCUACAUGGUGGAGAAUGGCGGCCACAACAAUCUGGAGGUCGUUGCUCGACAGCCUUUCUACGAGAACUUCACCAAGUUCCUCCAAUGGCUGGAGAAGAGUGACAUCGCAGACGAGCUGACACUUGUUCAUGCGAAAGAUCAGUGCUCCCCCCAAAGAGAUUGA